AUCCGGUCCUGGAAUACCAUUCCAUUCGAGUCUAUCUCACCCAACAGUCAGACCUACCGAAAAUUCCGCAGUGUAAAAUCCGAAUCCCUCUUUUUUGUCUUUUAAUUUAUUUUUUUAAAUUUCUUUGAUAUAUCGUUUUCGACUCAAAACAACGGUCCUAACAUGCUAAACGCGAAAUCGAAACGUACCACGAAGACGUCGAAGGGCCGUGUCCGGGAUGCUCCGGUAACCCCACUCCGCCGGGUGGUCAUCCCACGGCCCGAUGUCCUACACAACUAUCUCGAGUACAAGCAGAUCAACCAGUAUCUGGAAUAUCUGGCCAAUCGGUAUCCCCACUUCGUGCAGAUGUACACCUUGGGGCUGACGCAUGAGAGGCGUGAAGUUCGUGCCCUCGAGAUCAACUGGAUGAACUCUGAGAACGUGGAGCUAUCGCCCCAAGUCCGCGAAAUGUCGCCCCCUCCGUUCGUUGCGGCUACCAACGGAAGGAACAAUGCACCGGUGGUGCAAGUGGGGGACAACUGCCGGCACACAGUGUUCAUAGAGGCCGGUACCCAUGCCCGGGAAUGGAUCAGCAUCACAACGGCCCUGAACUGCAUCUACCAGCUGACGGAGCGCUACACCCGGAAUGUCGAUGUUUUGCGCAAGUUGCGCUUCAUCAUUGUCCCACUGGUUAAUCCCGAUGGUUAUGAGUACUCUCGCACUAAGAAUGCCAACUGGCGCAAGAAUCGUCGUCCGCAGAAAUCUUCCAAGUUUGUGGGAACUGAUUGCAACCGGAACUAUGACAUUUUCUGGGCCAGUGGAUCCAGCAAGAACAAUCGCAACACCUUCAAGGGCGACCGUCCCUUCUCGGAGCCGGAGACCCGGGCCAUGCGCAACAUCCUGGAACGGCUUAGUCCCAAUCUGCUGUUCUUCCUUUCGCUCCACUCCUACGGCCAGAGCAUCAUGUACCCAUGGGGCUAUUGUCGCGAAGCUGCCUUCUACUGGAGGGAACUGAGCUCCCUGGCCAAUUCCGGACGAAGUGCCAUCAAGUCAUACAACGGACGGGAGUACCGAACGGGUAGCAUUAGUUGCCUCACGAAGCGCACCAUUACCGGUUCCGUAGUGGAUUAUGUUUAUGGAGUGCUGAAGGUUCCGAUGGCUCUGGUCAUGGAGCUGCCAGCUAGGGACCUCGGCUUCCAGCCACCCGUCGAAAUGGUGAGCCAGAUUGGACACGAGAGCUGGUAUGGCAUAAGGGAGAUGUGCAAGCGAUCCUACGAUCUCCGAAACCAGAUCAACCGAAGCAACGAGCCGCAGCUUCCGCGUCCAGCACGUUUUAUCGCCGAUGACACCAAUCUCAAUGGCACGGUCAAUGAGAACGGUACUCCAGUCACAGAGGAGCACACAGCCGGCGGAGAUAAUAACAAGACGGCGUCCAAAAAGAAGCGGGUGAAGCGCACCAUGCGAACCCAGCACGAAGCAAUCCUUAAAAUGCAAAAGAACUCAAAACAAGGACCACAACCCUUUCCAGCGGGACUCUUUCCCCGGCAACUGGCCAGUUCGGCGCCACCGAUAAGGCCAGGACUAACCCGGGAUCGUCGGGGCGGCGGGGAUGGCGCCAUUCUAUCCAGCCGGGGCAAGCCACCAGUGUCCUCCACAAUGCCGAUCGGUGUGUUCCUUUAAUCGCGCCGAGAUAUUUGUUCCGUGUAUGUUUUAUUCCGUUUUCCGUAUUAAAUUAAACGUGAAUGCCACAGUG